AUGGCAACAGGCUCUGCGGCGCGCCUGUGCUCUUGGAUCGUUCUGCUGAUGUGUCUGCUGGAGAGUGAAGGGACAAGUAUCUGUACGGAUAAAGACAUUCUGCCGCCGUCCAUCGAGGGCCAUGACCCCUCCAACUCUCAACGCCUCGUUAGGGACGACCAUUCUGUUACCCAUGGCAGGACGGCGUAUGAGACCUGGCCUUCCAGUAGCCACGAUGGACUCCCAGUGGCCGAGUCAACGGUGUUUACCUCAGACACAACAGACAGCACGGGCACAUCCCAUUGGCUCUACGGUCACAUGACGGUGGUUCACGACCCGCUGAGGACGCUGUCCGUGGUGGAGCCCGGCGGCCCCGGCGGCUGUGAGAGAAGCCCCAGGGUGACAGUGGAGGAGACGGCCGUGCGAGCCGGGUGUCUGUACGCCCAGAACGCCGGCUUCUUCAACACCACCUCGUUCGGUUGUCUGGGCAACGUGGUGAGCGACGGCAGGAUGGUGAGGGACAGCAGAGGGGUGAAAAACGCCCAGUUUGGCAUCAGGAAGGACGGCAGCCUGGUGUUUGGGUAUCUGUCGCAGGAAGACGUUUUGGACCGGUCCAAUCCGUUUGUCCAGCUGGUCAGCGGCUUGGUGUGGCUUUUGAGGAACGGAGAGGUUUACAUCAACCAGAGCCUGGAGGUCGAGUUCAACAAGAUAGUGGAUAUAGGUAAAGAAGAUAUCCGCUACUUUGUGGACGUGCUGUCAGCGAGGACGGUGGUGGGUCACGACGCCAAAGGCAACGUGGUCCUGUUUCAUGUGGACGGAGAGACCUUAAAAAGAGGUAUGAAUCUUUGGGAGGUGGCAGAGUUCCUGAAGAAAAACGGGGUGAUUAAUGCCAUCAAUCUGGACGGAGGCGGGUCUUCCAGCUUCGUGGUCAACGGCACGUUGGCCAGCUACCCGCCUGACAUAUGUGAAUCGGACAGCAGGUGGCGCUGUGCUCGCCGCGUCUCCACCAUCCUGUGCGUCCACCAGCGACGCUGCCAGCCGGCGGACUGCGGUCGCCAUGGCGUCUGCACGGCCAAUGGCUGUGUCUGUGCUGCUGGAUGGAGAGGGAAGAACUGCAGUAAAGGUAAUCAGGAGCACAUCAGUGAAUAA